ACGAGAAUUGGUUGACCUGGUGGUGUGCCGCCGACCUGCAGACGUUGCCAUGGACAUCGCCACCUCGAAUGACUACUUGAACGUGUUAACGUCUGUACUUCAGCGCCAAACGAUCAAGGACAUGUUGUACGAAGGAAUUAUGUCCACAAUGUUGUACUGGACUAUCUUCGGAUACAUCCUCUCAAGCGCGCCGCUGGCCGUGUGGAACUUGCACAAGUACAACCUCCUCCGCCGUGUGUCAUGGAAGGCUAUUUUGGGAGGUUCCGUUGGCAUCUUUACGCUGGCUUGGCUCAUUGCCGACUCUACCCCCGCGGACAAGAUCUUUUUCAUCGUCGGCGCCGGUGCCGGUGUGUUUUGCACGCAUUUGCACUUUGAAAUUGCCGAACUCAUUUCGGGGCACAUUGAAGCCGCCCAGCUGAAGAAACAAGAAUAACUUUGUCAAAUUGUCCAUACAAGUGGAUCAUUCUUGUUGGUUCUAGUCGAGGAAAACGAGAUGAAAAUCCCCACGAGGAAACGAGCCUCCUGCGACA